CAGUAGUCCAGGGUUUACUAAUACCAACAUGGGAUCGCCCCUUCCCCCAGGCAUGGUACUCGGCCCAGAUGGCAAGCCCUGCAGAGCCUGUAGCAGCGGCGCCGCGUUUCGAGCCUGGAGACCGCCCAUGACAGCGACAAAGAUCGCAACAGCGGCGCCAACGACAUCACCAGCCGACUGUCCUCCCGACGUUGAGCAACUUGGUCGCGCGACGUGGACAUUCCUCCAUGUCACAGCCGCCUACUAUCCAGAGCGCCCGACACCGAACCAGCGCGCCAACAUGCUUACGCUGCUCAGAGCGCUCCCAAUUCUGUAUCCAUGUUCCAACUGUGCCGGCGAUUUUGGGGAGGACAUACAGACCCAUCCACCAGAUGUUAGCAGCAGGGCAGGCCUGAGUCGGUGGUUGUGUGAGAGACACAAUGAGGUCAACUUGAAGCUCGGCAAACCCAAGUUUGACUGUUCACUAGAAAAGACGGACGAGAGAUGGAAAGAUGGAACCUGUGACUAGGGCACCUGUUUAUUUUACAAGUAUAUAUCUACAUCAACACCUAAUUACGAUGUGCGAGAGAAAAAAAGCGACCAAGGAGCGACGGCCGUGAC